GAGAUGGCCCACGUGUUCCAGGGUUACAUAACGCAACUAGUGCUUGUAUAAAAGGUGAUUGAUGAGCAGAUCCCUUGAAAAAUAUUGAGGGCGCUAAAACAGAAACACCUGCUGUGUGUGCAACACGAUCUUGGUACUCUGUACGUGACAUGCAUAUCCCGCAUGUGUGUACGAAACUUAACUCGUGAUUCUGAGUACACUGGCGUUUGCAGCUAAACAACGAUCAAAGUCUCGGACAACACUUUACUUGACGGCAAAUUUUAUAACAGGAGAAGACUUAUUGAAUCUGCCAGAACUCCGUGCUGACAAUGUCAAGCCAAGAAGAAAGCGGGCCCGGCGUAGGUACGCUGCUCAUCAACUGGGCCCUGGAAUACGACACGCAGAAGAUUGUCCACAUCAAGAAUAAGACCAUCGGGCUACUGAACAGGCUGAUUCAGUUGGCCAUCAUCGGCUACAUCAUCGGAUAUGCUAUUAUAUACAAGAAAGGUUACCAGUCUACAGAUGAUGUCAUCAGCUCCGUGACUACCAAAGUGAAAGGCGUGAUCUACACAAACAUUACUGACUGGCCAGAUCUCCUAAUCACGGACACAACGCCAUACAACAGGAUCUGGGAUGUCUCUGACUAUGUCAUUCCUCCACAGGAAUCCGACGCCUUUUUUGUCAUGACCAACAUGAUCAUUACCCCCGACCAACAGAGAGGGCAGUGUCCUGAGGAUCCCAAAAUUGCCAAUGUUGCCUGUGAUCCAAAAGUGCCGUCAGAUUGUAAAAAGGGCGAACGAGUCAUCAAUGGAAAUGGUGUUCGGACUGGUAAAUGCGUGCCUUACCAUUUUCCUAAUGGAACUACAACUGACACAUGUGAAAUUGAUGCUUGGUGCCCAGUGGAGUAUGACAUGAACCCAACGAAUGUUACAGCAGUCUUGAAUGAAUCUGAGCGGUUCACCGUGCUGAUCAAGAACACUGCUACCUACUCCAAGUUUCACUUCUCCAAGCGUAAUAUAUUGGAGAGUUCCAACACCAGUUACCUUAAAGGCUGCAUGUACAACAACCAUUUGGAUCGAUUCUGUCCGAUCUUCAAACUCGGCGACAUCAUCGAUGCGACCGGCGAAGACUACAAUGCCUUAGCUUACAGCGGUGGUGUCAUUGCCAUCUCUAUCAACUGGGAUUGUAAUCUGGACUACAACUGGGAUGACUGCACGCCCGUUUACACUUUCGCAAGGCUGGACAACAAAAACGCAAAGUUGGCAAAGGGGUACAACUUCAGGUUCUCCAACUUUUACCAAGAUGCAAAUGGCACAGACACGCGGACACUGUUCAAAGCCUACGGGAUCAUGUUCAAGGUGAUAGUGACCGGAACGGCUGGCAAGUUUGACUUCGUGCCGCUGAUGCUGAAUAUUGGAUCGGGCUUGGCUCUCCUGACCAUAGCCACAUCUGCCUGCGACAUCAUUGUGUGUUACGUCAUGAAGGGGCAUGCUUACUACAAAAAGAAGAAAUAUCUCAAUGUGCAAUCUGGAGCUGAUAACGACCCUGAUUACGAGAAUUUUUCGUGAGUCGGUGUGCAAAGUAUCACAAGCAUCUUAGGAGACCCAUCAGAUGAAAAGGAAGUGCCUUUAUAUAGACAGACCAUUUUUUUAUCACAGAAUUGAAAAAACACAAUCAUGAUACUUGAAAUUGUGAGAUGAUGCUCUGAAAUUAAGUAAAUGUUGCAGUAAUCAGGAUGAUUUUGUCUGAAAUAUUUUGUAACUAUGUAGAAGUUUCCAUUCCAAAUUGGUUUAUGCAACAAUAAUUUUUCAAUCAUUUCUUUGUAUUGUAUGAAGUUGCAGGUUAGAUUUUGAUGUGAGCCUUUUUAUGCAGCUUUUAUAAACACCAAAAUAAACUCUUGACAACUUUUCACUGUAUAUUUCUCUAUGAAUUUGAUUUUUUUUUGUAUGUCAAAUGGUAAAAUUUAAUGUUCAGAUUGUCUUUGUUAUCUUAAUAUCAUGGACUUUUGCAUGUAUUAUGUAAAGAGCAAUAAGAAAUGAAAAGUACUAUUUUCUUCUGGUACUUUCUGUUUUUGUUUGUUUGUAUUUUUGAUGAUUGGUUCAUUAUUAUGAUGGAGGAAUAUAUUUUUGAAUGCCAGCGUAUAGAUCUAUAAUCCAUAAUUUUGAGUAGUGUCACUGAUAUUGCAGUUUGUUGCGAAUUCAGUGAGUAUAAAAAACACAUUUUUAUGGCAACCCAUUUUGUGAAAUUGAUAAUGUAUAUUUUACAAAUCCUACUAGAUGUUAUAUUUUCGAUUAUCGUGAUGCAGAUCUGUGUAUUGCUGCAUUACCUUUUGUAUGACUUCUUUCCCAACGGCACUUUGUGGGGAUGAGUUACUUACGAUGUGCCUUGAAGGGUUGUGUUAAAAUGGUGCAUUUUUGUAAUUAUAACAAUGCUCCUUGCAUCCCAUCCAACAAAAAAAUGCACCUGUUAAGCUUUUGCUUUUUUUAUCGUGUAGCUGUAGAGAUAAGGCAUAGGUACUUAAAGGCAUAUAGAAUCAUUUGCUUUUAUGCAUUUUGUUCGUCUCCAUUAAAGGGAAUGUACAA